AUGAAUCAAGUAGGAGCUCUGUGCAUGCUUGAUAACUUCAACUUCACAGUUGAGCUGGCUGCAUCUUCAAUCCAGCCAAAUUUUUAUGCAGUGAAGUAUUAUAGACAUCUUGCACCUGAUCACUUGCUGCAAAUCUGUCAUCGACUAGGACCUCUUCUUGAGCAAGAAAUUCCUCAGAGUGUCCCUGGAGUACAAACUUUAUUAGGAGCUGGGAGACAGUCCUUGCUACGUACAAAUAAAAGCUGCAAGCAUGUGGUAUGGAAAGGAUCUGCUCUGGCUGCACUACAUUGUGGAAGACCACCAGAGUCUCCAGUUAACUAUGGUAGCCCGCCUAGCAUUGCGGAUACUCUGUUUUCAAGGAAGCUGAAUGGGAAAUACAGACUUGAACGACUUGUUCCAACUGCAGUAUAUCAGCAUAUGAAGAUGCAUAAACGAAUUCUUGGACACUUAUCAUCGGUGUACUGUGUAACUUUUGAUCGAACUGGCAGGCGGAUAUUUACUGGCUCUGAUGAUUGUCUUGUAAAGAUCUGGGCCACAGAUGAUGGGAGAUUGCUGGCUACUUUAAGAGGACACGCCGCUGAGAUAUCAGACAUGGCUGUCAACUAUGAGAACACUAUGAUAGCAGCUGGGAGUUGUGAUAAAAUGAUCCGGGUCUGGUGUCUUCGGACUUGUGCACCUUUGGCUGUUCUUCAAGGACACAGUGCAUCCAUUACAUCACUACAGUUCUCACCAUUGUGCAGUGGCUCAAAGAGAUACCUGUCUUCUACUGGGGCAGAUGGCACUAUUUGCUUUUGGCUUUGGGAUGCUGGAACUCUUAAAAUAAAUCCAAGACCUACAAAAUUUACAGAACGCCCUCGGCCUGGAGUUCAGAUGAUCUGUUCUUCAUUCAGUGCUGGUGGAAUGUUCUUGGCCACUGGAAGCACUGACCAUAUUAUUAGAGUUUAUUUUUUUGGAUCUGGUCAACCAGAGAAAAUAUCAGAAUUGGAGUUUCAUACUGACAAAGUUGACAGUAUCCAGUUUUCUAACACUAGUAACAGGUUUGUAAGUGGUAGUCGUGAUGGGACAGCACGAAUUUGGCAAUUUAAACGAAGAGAAUGGAAAAGCAUUUUGUUAGAUAUGGCUACUCGUCCAGCAGGCCAAAAUCUUCAAGGAAUAGAAGACAAAAUUACAAAAAUGAAAGUAACAAUGGUAGCUUGGGAUCGACAUGACAACACAGUUAUAACUGCAGUUAAUAACAUGACUCUGAAAGUUUGGAAUUCUUAUACUGGUCAACUGAUUCAUGUCCUAAUGGGUCAUGAAGAUGAGGUGUUUGUUCUUGAGCCGCACCCAUUUGAUCCUAGAGUUCUCUUUUCUGCUGGACAUGAUGGAAACGUGAUAGUGUGGGAUCUAGCAAGAGGAGUUAAAGUCCGAUCUUAUUUCAAUAUGAUUGAAGGCCAAGGACAUGGUGCAGUGUUCGACUGCAAAUGCUCCCCUGAUGGCCAGCACUUUGCAUGUACAGACUCUCAUGGACAUCUUUUAAUUUUUGGUUUUGGGUCUAGUAGCAAGUAUGACAAGAUAGCAGAUCAGAUGUUUUUUCAUAGUGAUUAUCGGCCCCUUAUCCGUGAUGCCAACAAUUUUGUAUUAGAUGAGCAGACUCAGCAGGCACCUCAUCUCAUGCCUCCCCCUUUUCUGGUUGAUGUUGAUGGAAAUCCUCAUCCUUCAAGAUACCAGAGAUUAGUUCCUGGUCGUGAAAAUUGCAGGGAGGAGCAGCUCAUCCCUCAAAUGGGAGUCACUUCUUCAGGAUUGAACCAAGUUUUAAGCCAGCAAGCAAGUCAGGAUAUCAGUCCUCUAGACAGCAUGAUUCAAAGACUACAACAGGAACAGGACCUGAGGCGUUCUGGUGAAGCAGGUGUUAGUAAUGCCAGCCGUUUAAACAGAGGCUCUGUAAGUUCUACCUCUGAAGUUCAUUCACCACCAAAUGUAGGAUUGAGGCGCAGUGGGCAAAUUGAAGGUGUGCGGCAGAUGCACAGCAAUGCUCCACGAAGUGAAAUAGCCACAGAGCGAGAUCUUGUUGCUUGGAGCCGAAGGGUGGUGGUACCUGAGCUCUCAGCUGGUGUAGCUAGUAGACAAGAAGAAUGGAGAACUGCAAAGGGAGAAGAAGAAAUAAAGAGUUACAGGUCAGAAGAGAAAAGGAAACACUUGACUGUUGCAAAAGAGAAUAAGAUUCUUACUGUCUCAAAGAACCAUGCUCAUGAGCAUUUCCUGGAUCUUGGAGAUUCCAAAAAGCAGCAAGCAAAUCAACACAAUUACCGUACAAGAUCUGCACUGGAAGAAAUGCCUAGGCCCUUGGAGGAGAUAGAAAAUGGGACUAGUUCUUCAGAUGAAGGUGAUGUGGUUGCUGUCAGUGGUGGGACAUCUGAAGAAGAGGAGCGAGCAUGGCACAGUGAUGGCAGUUCCAGUAUAUAUACCAGUGAUUAUUCUGAUUGGACAGCAGAUGCUGGAAUUAAUUUGCAGCCACCAAAGAAAGUUCCUAAGCAUAAAACCAAGAAGGCAGAAAGUAGUUCGGAUGAGGAAGAAGAAUCUGAAAAUCAGAAACAAAAACAUAUUAAAAAGGAAAGGAAAAAAGCAAAUGAAGAAAAAGAUGGACCAACAUCACCAAAGAAAAAAAAGCCCAAAGAAAGAAAACAAAAGAGAUUGGCAGUAGGAGAGCUAACUGAAAAUGGUCUUACGUUAGAAGAAUGGUUGCCUUCAACGUGGAUUACAGAUACACUUCCCAGAAGAUGUCCAUUUGUGCCACAGAUGGGUGAUGAGGUUUAUUAUUUCCGACAAGGACAUGAAGCAUAUGUUGAAAUGGCCCGGAAAAAUAAAAUUUAUAGUAUCAAUCCUAAAAAACAGCCAUGGCAUAAGAUGGAACUAAGGGAACAAGAACUGAUGAAGAUAGUUGGUAUAAAGUAUGAAGUGGGAUUGCCUACACUUUGCUGCCUUAAACUUGCUUUUCUAGAUCCUGAUACUGGUAAACUGACCGGUGGAUCAUUUACCAUGAAAUACCAUGAUAUGCCUGACGUUAUAGAUUUCCUAGUCUUGAGACAACAAUUUGAUGACGCAAAAUAUAGGCGGUGGAAUAUAGGUGACCGCUUCAGAUCAGUAAUAGAUGAUGCCUGGUGGUUUGGAACAAUUGAAAGUCAAGAGCCUCUUCAACCUGAGUACCCUGAUAGUUUGUUUCAGUGUUACAAUGUUUGCUGGGACAAUGGAGAUACAGAAAAGAUGAGUCCUUGGGAUAUGGAACUAAUACCUAAUAAUGCUGUAUUUCCAGAAGAAUUGGGUACUAGUGUUCCUUUAACUGAUGUUGAAUGUAGGUCACUAAUCUAUAAGCCUCUUGAUGGAGAGUGGGGAGCCAAUCCCAGGGAUGAAGAAUGUGAAAGAAUUGUUGGAGGAAUAAAUCAGCUGAUGACCUUAGAUAUUGCUUCAGCAUUUGUGGCCCCUGUGGAUCUGCAAGCUUAUCCCAUGUAUUGCACUGUGGUGGCAUAUCCAACGGAUCUAAGUACAAUUAAACAAAGACUGGAAAACAGAUUUUACAGGCGCGUUUCAUCCCUGAUGUGGGAAGUUCGAUAUAUAGAACAUAAUACACGAACAUUUAAUGAGCCAGGAAGCCCAAUUGUGAAAUCUGCAAAAUUUGUUACAGAUCUUCUUCUGCAUUUUAUAAAGGAUCAGACUUGUUAUAACAUAAUUCCACUUUACAACUCAAUGAAGAAGAAAGUUUUGUCUGACUCUGAGGAAGAAGAGAAAGAUGCUGAUGUACCUGGAACUUCUACACGAAAAAGGAAGGAUCAUCAACCUAGAAGAAGGCUACGAAACAGAGCUCAGUCUUACGAUAUUCAAGCAUGGAAGAAACAAUGUCAAGAAUUGUUAAAUCUCAUUUUUCAAUGUGAAGAUUCAGAGCCUUUUCGACAACCAGUAGAUCUUCUUGAAUAUCCAGACUACAGAGACAUCAUUGACACGCCAAUGGACUUUGCUACUGUCAGAGAAACUUUAGAGGCUGGGAAUUAUGAGUCACCAAUGGAGUUAUGUAAAGACGUCAGGCUCAUAUUUAGUAAUUCUAAAGCAUAUACACCAAGCAAAAGAUCAAGGAUUUACAGUAUGAGUUUACGUCUGUCUGCUUUCUUUGAAGAACACAUUAGUUCAGUUUUGUCUGAUUAUAAGUCUGCUCUUCGUUUUCAUAAAAGAAAUACCAUAACCAAAAGGAGGAAGAAACGAAAUAGAAGCAGCUCCCUCUCCAGCAGUGCUGCAUCAAGCCCUGAAAGGAAAAAAAAGAUCUUAAAACCCCAGCUGAAGUCAGAAAUAUCUACCUCUCCAUUCUCUAUACCUACACGAUCAGUACUGCCAAGGCAUAAUGCUGCUCAGAUAAAUGGUAAACCAGAAUCCAAUUCUGUGGUUCGAACCAGGAGCAACCGUGUGGCUGUAGAUCCAGUUAUCACUGAGCAGCCGUCCACUUCAUCAGCCACAAAAGCUUUUAUUUCAAAAACUAGUACAUCUGCCAUGCCGGGGAAAACAAUGCUAGAGAAUUCUGUGAAACAUUCCAAAGCCUUGAGUACACUUUCAAGCCCUGAUCAACCCACAUUUGGCCAUGGUACAAGGAAUAACUCUGCAAAAGAAAACAUGGAAAAGGAAAAGCCUGUCAAACGUAAAAUGAAGUCUUCUGUACUCUCAAAAGCUUCCACUCUUCCAAAGUCAUCAGCUGUGGUUGAUCAAGGAGAUUGUAAGAACAAUGUUCUUAUAGCAGGAACCAUUCAAGUAAAUGGCCAUGGAGGACAGCCAUCAAAACUUGUGAAGAGAGGGCCUGGGAGGAAGCCUAAGGCAGAAGCUAACACCAGCAGUGGUGAAGUUAUACACAAGAAAAGAGGUAGAAAGCCCAAGAAACUGCAGUGUGCAAAGCAAGAAAACUCUGAGCAAAAUAACAUGCCUCCAAUCAGGGCUGAUGUGGUUCCUUCUUCAACAUGCAACUUUCUUUCUAACACUAAUGCUGUUAAGGAGGAUUUGUUACAGAAAAAGAGUCGUGGAGGCAGAAAGCCCAAAAGGAAGAUGAAAACACAAAACCUAGAUUCAGAACUCAUAGUCCCUACUAAUGUUAAAGUGUUAAGGAGAAGUAACCGGAAAAAAACAGAUGGUCCUAUAGAUGAGGAAGAAGAGUUUGAAGAACUCAAAGGCUCUGAACCUCACAUGAGAACUAGAAACCAAGGUCGAAGGACAGCUUUCUAUAAUGAGGAUGACUCAGAAGAAGAGCAGAGGCAGCUGUUAUUUGAAGACACCUCUUUGACUUUUGGGACUUCUAGUAGAGGACGGGUCCGAAAGUUGACUGAAAAAGCAAAGGCUAAUUUAAUUGGUUGGUAACUUGAAGCAAAAUAUUGUACUUCAAAAUCUAUGAAACAGGUACAGUUAAGGAGUAAGUAGAACUAAGGUUUCUGCUUCCUGGCUGCUAUGAUGGAUUAGGGAAUGUUACAAUUUGACUUAGGAAAAAAGGAGGCAAAACAAAACAAAACAAAACAAAAAAACAAAUUUAGAAAAUAAUUUACGUCUUUGAAAAAAAAAUCUAUAUACAUAUAUAUUUCAAAUGUUUGCUAUUUAUUGCCCUUAGGUAGUUUAUUCAUUUCCACGUUCAUUUCACUGUUUGAAAUUGAGGACCUGUUAGAAAUUCCUGAUUUAUUUAUGGAAGAGACAGCUCUGCUACACUCUAAAGAAACAUAGUAUUCCUAGUGAUAGAAAGUUUCCUGGUAAAUUGAAUUAUUUUUUCACCAAGUAAGGUACCUUUUUACUGAUACAGAAGUCAUGCCCUUCGGAAGAAAGAUGUUACCCAGAGUAGCAGUACAUUAAGAAACGUUUCCUCUAAAGAUGACUUUAAAGUUCCCACCAUUUGGUAUCCUGAAAAGUGUUAGUUGUAGGGUGUUCAACUGCAGAAUAUCUAGAGGAAGCUUUUGUUUUACUCCAUCUCUGCCAAACUUAGGAGAAAAUGUAAUGAUACAAAGGAAACAUAUCCACAUUGGAAAACAUUUGACUGUCUAAUUUUUCAGACCUUGAUUCUUCUAUCAGUCACUCUAUCUCUGUUUAUUGUGCCAAAGACUGAGAAUCAGUGCAGUGGAAAGCCUGCUGUUGACUGUCAGGACAGCAUACACUUUUCAAUACUGGAAAAGCUAUAUAUUCUAAAGAGCAAGUUAUUUCAGAAUUAUGCUGAGUUGUAUCUUUUUUUUUGGUACUAAUAGUAGGAAAAUAAUGCACUGGUGGGUCCUUUGACAGAGAUAUCUUAGAGAAAAUGUUUAAGUGGUUAAAGGAUUCAAGGAAAAUACAGGAAAAACGUAUGGGAUUUGAUGUUUACUUGUUCUGGAUAAAUGUCAUUUUUAAAUUUCAGACAUAUCCAAUAGGCUAAAAUGACUUGCAAAGAACCAUGUCUGUGUGCGUGUGUAUAUUGAUAAAUGGGUGUGAUUGAAUAUAUAUACAAACGCAUACUUAAGUACUAUUACCCAGGUAUAAAUUCUUUUUUUCUGGAUUUUUUAGAUAGUAGUAGAAUAAAAAUAAUUUUAAAAUGUCAUACUUUAUAGUUUAAUUUUAAGGAAAAGAUUGGUUAUUUUCAACUAUUAAAAGUUAAAAAUAGGCCAAAUCACUUUUUAUGCAAUCAUGUUUUAUACAGUGGUCUCAUUGCACAUUGUGUUUUUUCUGCACUUUUUAUGGUAUCCUUAUCACGCUGGUAUUUCAAUAUACGCUCUAAAGAAAACACCCAUUUAAUGAUUGUGCCUUGUAUUCUAUUAUUUUUUGCAUCAUUAGUAAAAUUAAGUUGUCUAUUAUAAAUGAUAACUAUAUGACUUAGGAGAAUGUAUUACUAUAUGUACUGCUAUGGAAAAGGAAAGCAGUUAUUUAUUUGUUUAUGGUACAUUAGUUAUUUUAUACCUUGAAAACCAACAUAAAUGCCAUUUCUAUUGUUUAAAAUUACUUUUUUUUUUAAGUUUUAAGAAUGUAGUAUUUUCUGAGGACUGAUAUGGUACAAAAAUGUAACCAAAAUUUUCAGAUACUACAUUUUUAAAAAGGAAGGAUGGGGAAGAUAUAUAUCGGCAUGAAUGACCCUGACGUAGAGAAUACAGUCUUUAAUUGAACCUUGGCAAAAUAUAUAAUUAGAUUAUAUUAUUAGUUCCUUGUUUCUGAUAAGGACAAAUGUUAACUGUCAUUUAACUGUCUUGAAGAAGAAUGAAAAGUGAUGCAUUUGGGCUUUUUAGAUCAUUUGUAACGAAAUUUGUACAGAAACCCUCCAGUGAAACUAAGUGAACCAUUUUCCAGAUCUUGACUGGAUUGCUGUGAUUUUACAGUGGAAAAAUAAUUUCAAAUUUCUUAGGUUUUUUUUGUACAUUUAUUUUUUUCUAACAAAUAUAUUGGACUAUAUAAUUAAAGUUAAGUAGUGAAAUCUUCAUAAUGCAGAAAUGGAUGAUGUGUUAUUUAGAAAAAAAUGAGUCAAUUUCACCAUUAUUGAAAAUGAUAGUGUGUAUGUUGGAAAUUUAAGUCAUUAAUUAGUUGCUUUUGAAGGGAAUCUAUUUGAAAAAUGUAAUUUCCUGAUGUUAUCUGCAUUGUAUUAGAAAAAUAGACUAAAGUCCAUUUUUAUAAAGAAAAAAGUAGUUGUAAGGUGUGUUCAGUAAAAAGAAGCGCACACAGUCUUAGUGUGGAGGACCUCUGGAGUGGUGCACAGAUAGUUCCAACUUCUGAGCAGUGAAAUAAGUAUUUCCAUAUUUCCUGUAAAAGGAAAUACAUUAUUUCUAUUUUAAAGACACUGUAUAUUUAUGACCAUGUUUGGACAUUUUCUCAGACACUGGUUUCUUAGUAAAGCAAAAAGACUUGGAUCAGAUUAUUUGUAACUGAAACACUUAAGAUAUAUUAAUACCAGAUACAGAUUUUAUAUUUUUAUAAUUUAGUUUCUGUAGUUUGCAAAAAAUUGAAUUAAGAAAUUUAAGUCAUCAUGUUUUGGGUUUUACCACUUGGAAAAGUCUCCUCUUUGAAGGCAGUAACAUCAUGUAUGUACUGUUUAUAGACCAGAAGGAAUUGUUGGCACUUGUCUUAGGUAAGCAAUAAGAAAAAUAUCAAGUUUACUAAACCUUUCAGAAAUAAAUUUUUUUAUGUGCAUGGAAUAUAAAAAUCAGUUUUCAGGCUGAAAAAUCUAGUGGUGCAUGCUUGUAAUCCCAGCCUUUGGGAGGUGGAGGCAUGAACAUCAGAGUUCAAAGUUACCUUUAGCUGCAAACCAACUUCAAGACUAGGGCUACAAUAGCAGCACCACCCCCAAAAUCAGUUUAUAUUAUUUCUCUAAUAUUUAACCAUAUUGUUCUUUUAUGCUAUCCUGACUUCACAAAACCUGUGUUUAGUAUGUUGUCAUAGGGUAGGAUUUUUUUGGUUUGGUUUGGUUUGGUUUUGGUUUUUCGAGACAGGGUUUCUCUGUGUAGCUUUGGAGCCUAUCCUGGCACUCGCUCUGCAGACCAGGCUGGCCUCGAACUCACAGAGAUCCAUCUGCCUCUACCUCCGAGUGCUGGGAUUAAAGGCAUGCACCACCAACGCCCGGCGUCAUAGGGUAGUUUAAAGACUCCAUCUAAUUACAGUCUACCAGCCUUUGGAAGUAGAUAUGUAGGUUCUUAAAAUUUCACCUUUCACAGCUUUGUUUGGAGCAGUCCGUCUUCCUACAUACAAGUGUAACCUGAAGAGUAAGGGUCUUACUGUCAUUGUAUUUAUUGCAUUGCCUCGCCUCACUGCAGCUCUAAAGACUUGUGGGUUUCUACGGUGUCUUAUUACAUUUAGGAUAACUGUGGAGCAUUUGUUGUGUGAUUAGGCCACAUCAGGCAGAGAUAAGUGAUUGACUGGAUUCAGUUUAACUUGGAUAUUAAUUAUGUAAGAUCGUGGACAGCAAACAUUCCCUUACACAGAAUUGUUAACAGAACCUUCUCUUAGCUGCAGCAUUGUAGAUUAACCAGAUACCUUCACAAGUGUACUGAAAUAAAAUUUUGGUCAUUGUGUGAUGUUAGCACAUUUGCAUGAUUAAUCUCAGUUGUCAGUGUUUAAUUUCGACAUUCCAUUUUAUACAUCCGUAGGUAUCUAUAAAUUUGUCUUAAAUGUUAAGUUGAAAGGAACUGGUUUUAAGCUUUCUAUCUAAAGAAAACAAACUGAUUUUUAAUAUUUUGUUCACCUGAAAUUUAUUUUUGCAUAGGUUGAAAGGACCAAGGUACUUGAGUAAUGAUUAAAGGGCUAUUAUCAGUGUUCAUCCUAUACACAGGAAAUAUAGUAUUUUAAAAGUGAGAACCUGGUUGGGGGAUUACUUUUGCCUAAAAUACAUUAGUCCCAAUUUAUCUCGACAAUCUUGCUGACAAUAGUAGCUUGAUUCAGUGAUAAAUUGUCUUACAUUAAAAUUGGGGAAAGUACACCUUUUGUUUCAAUCAAAAAAAAAAAAUCAGACUUUCCCCAGUUCCCCUGAUUUCUAGAUGACUUGAACUAAAAUUAAUGCAUUUACUAAGAAACUGUUUUGCUUUUAAUUACUUAUCCAAGUGCUCCAAAUGAAAUGUCAUUUUGAACUAUGUACAGUACCCCAGGAAGAGGUCAGAUGAGUCACAAGACUGUAAGUACCACUGUGAGCGCUCUGGAGGUGAACCUGCACACAUUACAGUGAGUAGACUAUCCCAGCUAUAAAUAGAUUUUUUUUAGUUUUAAUAGCUCUGUUUUGAAGUACUUUUUUAAUGCAGAUAAAAAUAUCAGGAAAUUAACCUUAUAUGGCACAAACCAAAUACAUAGUAGUAUAUGGAUGAGUUUCUACAUUUAAAGAGCUAAGAAAAUAGGUUCAGGAUUGUAUUAUAGUACAUGCACUUACAAGGCAAAUGCACACACAAACUGAUUACUUUCAAGGAUGUGGGUGUUGAUUUAUCACAACAAUAAAUUAAAAAAUAAGAUACAAUGUUACAUUUUUAGACCAUAUUGAAACUGCAAGAAGAGACAGGUCUUAAAACGUUAUUAAGAAAACUGCUAAAUCCCGCCACGGGAUGUUUAGACAUGUGUAGAACAUAGCUCAGUUUUUAAAAGGCAACUGACCUAAAGGGUUAAAGUUGUAACUGACACAUUUCAAAUUAAAAUUAUGUUUAUUUUGUACAGAAAGCAAUGUUAAACACAAGCAAAUCUGUUGUAUGUAAUAAGUGACAGAGUUUUUUAAAAAUUAUUUAGCUUUAUUGAUGUUUUGUUUUAUUUCUUCUAGACCUGGAGUAUCAUGUCAUAAACGGCAGUCUUGCACCGAGGUAGCAGGCCCUUUCUUUUUGUACAUAUUGAUUGGACCUUUCUUUACUGUUAAGUGGACACUUUCUAUGUUAGUUUUGAUGCAUAAUUCUUGGAAUCCUUUUAUACAAACUAGAAUGUAUGUGUAAGAAUUCCUGUCCCUGCAAUGUAGUAACUAUAAACUUAUUUUUAAAUAAAUAGAAAACUUGUUUUUCUAAGCCA